UCGCGAAUGGGUGACUCCGCGCCUGGGUGAGCGGCCUCCUUUUUCAUCUACUUACCUCUUAUCCUGCGCCGUUCACGCACCAUAUACCUUGGCGGCGCGGUGGAGCUCCCCGGCCGACGGUUGUUGGUCGGAUGUUGAUCCUAUAAUUUAUCCACCAUCUCGAUCCGAUCUCACCAAGAUAGCUUUGCUCGAGCUCAAAGUUGCCGAAUUAGCGUGAUUUGACCUUCCGAUCGAGUUUGACGCGGUGCUGAGUAGUGCCAGAUCGGCCGUCCUCGUAAGGAUUGGAUGAAUCGAGAUUAGGGAGGGAAAAAGGAGGGAUCUUUUCAUCUUGGGUAGCUUUGCGGAGAUGGAGGUUGGUGCGGUUUUGGAUCUGCAACCCUGCUCUUGGGUCGGUUCGGAGGCUAAAGGACGGAGAAGUAGUGGAGGUUCUUGGAGGUUUCAGGACCCAUACAGAGAGGAGCGAAGGUCUUCUAUGGUUAGAUUUUGUAAUCGGAGGGAUAACAGAGCCUCUGUUCGAUCUGGCCACGUCGAGCUCAAGGUUUCUUGUUGCUAUAAGAAGCACCAAGAUCAUUUCAGUCAAAGAAGCACAGAGACCUACCACAAGUCAAUUGAUGAAGCUCUCUUACUUAAGAGUAAAUCAGAAGAAGUUCUCCCUUACUUGAAUGAGCGUUGUAUCUAUCUAGUUGGAAUGAUGGGUUCAGGUAAGACUACAAUAGGAAAGAUCUUAUCCGAAGUUCUACGUUAUUCAUUCUUUGACAGUGACAAAUUGGUCGAACAAACAGUUGGUAUAUCUUCAGUUGCCCAGAUAUUUAAGCAGUACAGUGAAGCCUUCUUCAGGGACAAUGAGAGUGAGGUCCUGAAGGAUUUAUCUUCAAUGAGUCGUUUGGUAGUUGCAACUGGUGGUGGAGCGGUUAUUCGUCCUAUUAACUGGAAAUUUAUGAAGCAUGGGAUAUCCGUCUGGCUAGAUGUUCCUCUAGAAGCUCUCGCUAGGCGGAUUGCUGCUGUAGGUACUGAUUCUCGCCCUCUUCUGCAUUAUGAACCUGGUGAUCCUUACUCCAAGGCCUUAGCAAAGCUUACUUCUCUAUUUGAAGAAAGGGGCGAGGCAUAUGCGAAUGCCGAUGCAAGAGUCUCCCUUGGAGAGAUGGCAGCUAAAAAGGGGCAUGGAGAUGUCUCAACACUUACACCAACCGAUAUUGCUUUUGAGGCACUAUUGCAGAUUGAGAACUAUGUUAUGGACAAUGCAUAUGCUUCAAGUAGCCGCUAUAAUUUCACAGGCGCAAGAAGAGAUUAAUUGAGACUCAUGUUUCACCAUGGAAAAGUUAUAAUUCUUGAAACUUGUUUUAUCAGUACAUGAUUUUUGUUCAUUCAAAAACAUCCUCGGUCAAAUCUCUAAGUGCUGUAGUCUCAAAUAAAAACCUUGUGUCCCCAGGGCGUAGCAUAGAUGGGGAGUGCAUAGUUCUGUGACUAAAAAGUCCAGGGAUCGAUCCUCGGGGUGUCACUGUCUGGGGUUAACGUCUCCGCCUGUGUAUCUGCAUUUACCUCUCUUUAUAUCCAUGGGAUCGACUUUAGGAGAACCGUUGAUGUGGCAGUUCUACAUUUGUCUCAAAUAAAAAUCUUGUAGUGCAAAUCUCUAAAUUUUUUUUCUUGUCCUUUUAUUUUCAAA